AUGAUUGAAGUGAAGUCUUAUAGAUUUAAGAAGAAGCCCCCCGACUUGAUAUCCAAGUUUAAAGUGAUCAAAGAAGACUGGUACGACUUCGUAAAAUACAUGAGCGAUUUAAGGAACAUGUAUAAAUGUCCACUCCAAAUGAAUGGCCAUUGUAAAGAUAUACAUGGUGAAGAUCAUAUUAUUACUGUGAAUAAAAAAGCCAUUUAUGAAAAUAUACAUGAUGUAAUGAAAAUUAAAGAGUGGAACAAUGACAUAGAAUUUGAUGACCAUCCUAUCUGUAAAGAUUCCUCUUCGGAUUCAUGUAGCCAUUCCGAGGAGUCUGGUAGCGUUUACAAUUUUAACAAGUAUAAAAUAAUUCACAACAACAUAUAUUCCAAUAACGCCAAUUUGAAGAGGCAAAAAAUUCAUGCGAAUUACAGAAGUAUAUGUAUACCAAGGGAAAAGCGCGAAGUUAAAGAGGAGAAAAAAAAAUAUAGCCAUGAAAUAUGCUAUAAAAGAAGAACAAGAAAAAAAAACAUUCUUAACAGCUCUUGUGACAAUGAUGAAUUAAAUAACAAGAACAAUAAAUUAGCAAAAAAUGUUCCAGUUGUUCCAAAUGAGCAGUGUGAUCUUUAUCAUAAAAAGAUUUUGCGUAGGUCUUUAACCAAAUUAAGCAGGAACAUUUUUUACCAAAAAAGUAAAAGUUCGGCAUAUGUAUCCUACCCGGAUGAAUACGAUUAUACAUACGGUUGGAAAGAAUAUGAUGUCUCUUAUGACCUAAAUGAAUAUGACCUAGAGUCUAACGAUUUUGUCGAUAAUAAUGAAAGUCAGAAUUACAACAAGUUGCGCAAGGGUACAUAUAAAGAAAAAGUGGACAACAGGAAGAAAGACAAAAGGAGAAAACGGCAAUAUUUUAAUAAUGAUGAGUUUUCUCGAAGUAACAGUCUUAGCAAUUUAUCUGUUCAAGAUAAUAUUAGUGCAAAUGAUGUGCCAAAAGAGAAAAAGAGUAACAUUUUUGUUAAGAAAAAUAAUAAAUAUGAGGUGUACUCAAACGCAGUAAAUAAUGCACAUAAAAAUGACUCCCAAAAGGUGAGUAAGCAUUCCAAAAAGAAUGCCAAAUUUGACGAAGCAGCACAAAACAAUCCACACUUUGACGGAUCGUAUGCGUAUAAUUUUGCCUAUAUGGAUAAAAACGAUAGAUCAGGUGGCUCUACUCCAGUGGAAGCGGUGCACGGAACUAUCAUGAAUUUAGACGAAGAAAUAAAAAACUACAAUUUUCGCCGUCAUAGGUGA